UGCCGUCAAUAAACGACUGAGAGUCCUUGAGGUAGCGUUAUCUAGGGUUUUGAAGCUGCUGCCAGAGAAAGAGAAAAACCCAAUCGCAGCUGCACAGAGCUUCAAACAAUGACGACGAUAGUCCCGACCUCCGAGGAAGAUCCGGCUCUCGCCGUCGUCCGAUACGCCUCCGAGCAAGCCUGGGCCGACGCCGGCGCUGAGGUUGCGGACGAGCAUGUUAAAAGACUCUGUGACGAAGCCAUACAAUGUGUGAAAAAUGCCAGGUGGUUCGAUUUGGUGUCACUUAUGCUAACUUCAGCUGAUGUGAUACUAUCAAAGGUCUCAGACAAAGAUCUUGAGUGCAUCUUCACUGUUAUCUGCAAUGUUGUUACAAAUUCUGAAAGUCUAGAUGAAAUACGUCAGAUGGCAGAACUUAUAUCUGGAAAGGUUACACAGCAACCAAGUGACAAACCUGCAUCGCGCUUAAAGAUUUUGUUCAAUCUGUACAACCUACUGGAGGACCCAUAUAGUCGGUUCGCUGUUUACUUGAGCGCUCUAAAUUUGGCCAUCAAUGGAAAGGUCACUGAGCAUGUCCUCCCUUCAUUCAAACAGAUAGAUAGUUUCUUGAAAGAGUGGAAUAUUGGGGUCUCGGACCAGAGGGUGCUAUUUCUUACCAUAUCUAAUGUUUUAAAAGAACAUAAAAGCUUGGCAAAGGAGUCUUUCAAGUUCCUAACUAAAUACUUGGCAACAUUUUCUGGCGAAGAUGCACAUGUUUUGAGCCAAGCCAAGGAUGAGGCUGUUCGCACAAUUGUGGAAUUUGUGAAGACACCAGACAUGUUUCAGUGUGAUUUGCUAGAUAUGCCUGCUGUAGCGCAGUUGGAGAAGGAUGGUAAACAUGCAUUGGCAUAUCAGCUUUUGAGGGUAUUUUUGACCCAGAGGCUGGAUGCAUACUUGGAGUUUCAGGCAGCAAAUUCUAGUCUGCUACAAAGCUACGGUCUGGUCCAUGAAGAUUGUAUUACUAAGAUGAGGUUGAUUUCAUUGAUGGAUCUUGGCUCUGACGAAUCGGGACAAAUUCCUUAUAGUCUCAUCAGAGAUACACUUCAGAUUAAUGAUGAUGAAGUGGAACCUUGGGUGGUUAAGGCUAUAACAGCCAAGUUAUUGGACUGUAAGAUGGACCAGAUGAAUGAAGUUGUAAUUGUAACCCGCUCUACUCAGCGUGUGUUUGGCAAGGAGCAAUGGCAUACCCUUAAGACAAAGCUAGCAUCUUGGAGGGGCAAUAUUGCACAUGUCAUCAGCACUGUUCAAGCUAACAGGCCCGCUGAAGAUGGUGCCCAGGCAACUCAAGGCUUGGUUCGUUAGGAUGCUCCUUUUUUCUUCUCUUUUCCCUUAUUAGUUAGUUUGGACCAUAUGAUGUGACAAUCCAAAUGUCUUGGAAUUUUUGACGGAUAGUGUUUUGUUAUAUCUAUGAAUCUAUUAUCACUCUA